UGAGAACAUGAGGUAAUCCACGGUGGCAGGCUUUAAAGCAUGACCGGCUGCAACUGCAGACUGAUGCAAGAGCAGGCUGAAACCUUUGCCUCGGUCUCUGGUUGGCAAACCUACCUUUAACCAUGGAGAAGACUCAUGUAAAUAUGGUGAUUAUUGGCCAUGUUGACAGUGGUAAGUCAACAACCACAGGCCACCUUGUCUACAUCUGUGGUGGUGUUGAUCAGAGAAGACUGGAGAAGCUUGAAAAAGCUGCGUCACUGAUGGGGAAGAGUUCCUUCAAAUAUGCCUGGGUAUUGGACAAACUGAAAGCAGAGCGGGAGAGAGGAAUCACCAUUGAUAUAUCUUUGCUGAAAUUCAACACAAAGAAAUACUCCAUGACUAUAAUUGAUGCACCAGGCCACCGUGACUUCAUUAAAAACAUGAUAACCGGGACAUCACAGGCAGAUGUGGCCCUCCUGGUGGUCUCUGCUGCUAAAGGAGAAUUUGAGGCCGGGGUGUCAAGAAGUGGUCAAACCAGAGAGCACGCACUAUUGGCUUACACGCUGGGUGUAAAGCAGAUAAUUGUCUGUGUGAAUAAGAUGGAUGUGACUGAACCACCCUACAGCCAAAAACGGUUCGACGAAGUGGUUCAUGGUGUGGGUGGCUUCCUGAAAAAGAUUGGCUACGACCCUACGACGGUGCCUUUUGUUCCGAUUUCUGGCUGGACUGGGGAGAACAUGAUCACGCCAACCCAGAAGAUGCCCUGGUUCCAAGGUAGGAAAGUGAGACGACGGGAUGGGACUUUGAAUGGGAAAACUCUACUGGAGGUCCUGGACUCCAUUCAACCACCUGUUCGAACAGUCAACAAGCCUCUACGAUUACCUCUGCAGGACGUCUACAAAAUUGGAGGUGUUGGGACUGUUCCAGUGGGCAAAAUUGAAACUGGUUUCCUCAAACCUGGCAUGACCCUGAUGUUCUCCCCUGCCAAGCUCACAGCUGAGGUGAAGUCUAUCGAAAUGCACCACCAAGGACUGCAGACGGCCCUGCCAGGACACAAUGUUGGCUUCAACAUUAAGAACGUGUCCGUCAAGAACCUGCGGCGGGGAGACGUGGCUGGUAACGCCCAACAGGAUCCUCCAUCAGAUGUCAAGAGCUUUGAGGCUCAGGUGAUCAUUCUGAACCAUCCAGGGAUGAUCAAAACUGGGUACUCUCCAGUCCUGGACUGCCACACCACUCAUGUAACCUGUCGCUUCACUGAGUUGAAGGAGAAGCUUGAUCGGCGCACGGGCAAGAAAGUGGAGGACCGGCCGCAAAUUCUGAAGUCUGGAGAUGCAGCAACAGUCAAACUGGUUCCCAUCAAGCCCAUGUGUGUGGAGAGCUUCUUCACAUACCCUCCUUUAGGUCGUUUUGCAGCCAGAGACCUGAAGCAGACGGUCGCUGUAGGAGUCAUCAAAUCAGUGGACAAGGAUAAAGGGCCCAAACCUAAAGCCCAAGUGUGUAAAUAAGUUAGUUAUGACCUACCAGUAUUCUGGUAUUACUGCUUUAUGUGGACAGUUUUAUUUGGUAAUAUUUAAUUUGUGCAGUGACACAAAGUAUUUGUCUUAAAAGUUGUUCCUGUGUUAAUGUUAAAUCCAAACGUAUAG